AGUAAAUGGACAAUAACUCUGUGAAAAUGGAAGAGUUUGAUUUUGUCAUUGUAGGAGGUGGUAUAGCCGGAGUCUCGUGUGCAGAGUCUCUAACAUUUCUAUGUCCAGAUAGUAAAAUUGGUUUAAUAACAUCGUCUCCGCUGAUUAAAACUGUUACAAAUCUUGUCCCAAUCACAAAAAUGCUUGCUAGCUUCGAUGUUGAAGAGAGAAGUGCUGAUACUUUGUCCAGUUCUAAUCCCAAUCUUAACAUAAUUCAUGACAGUGUAAUAGGUUUAAAUUCAUCUUUACAUACAGUAUUGUUGAAGACAGGUAGUGUCUUGAAGUAUAAGAAAAUUUGCAUAUGUAGUGGGGCAUAUCCUAAGUUGAUUCCCUCAGAAAACAAGAAUAUUAUUGGUAUAAGAGAUACUGAUUCAGUAAAAGACUUUCAGAAUAGAGUGCAAAACUCGUCCAGAAUUGUUGUAGUCGGUAAUGGAGGUAUUGCUACAGAAGUUAUUCAUGAACUAAAAGGUGUCGAACUGGUCUGGGUAAUUAAAGAUGAUCACAUAUCAGCAACAUUCAUCGAUCCUGUGGCUGCAGAGUUUUUUCAAGACAGAGUUUUCAAAAGAGAUACGAAUGAUUCGUCACCUGUGGUGAAGAGACUGAAAUACACAGUGGAGGAUAAGUUGAAUAAAUCCGACAAGACUGGAGCUGCGCUAGGACCCGAUUGGCAUUCCAAAUAUGAUCUCAGUGGCUCUCUCAAGACAAAUACAGAAAUCACAGUUGAGUAUAAAUCUGAGGUUGAAUCUGUCCUCACUCUUCAGGAUGUGGGAGAUUGUGUUAAAAAAGACAAAAACUGGCCAGUGUUUGUAAAACUUACAAAUGGUAAAAUAUACGGCUGUGAUUUUAUUGUUUCUGCAACUGGAGUGAUCCCCUGCAGCAGAUUUGAGAUGGAAGAUGGUAAAACAUUCAAGAUGGGUGACGAUGGAGGUAUAGAAGUUGACUGGAAGAUGGAGACCAAUCUGCCGGAUGUGUAUGCUGCUGGAGAUGUGUGUUCAGCAACAUGGGACAGAGCCACUCAUUGGUUCCAGAUGCGGCUGUGGACCCAAGCUCGGCAGAUGGGCACUUAUGCUGCCAAAUCCAUGGCUUCUUCUCUUCAACAAGAAACGUUUUAUCAAGAUUUCUGCUUUGAGAUGUUCUCUCACGUCACAAAAUUUUUUGGCUACAAAGUAGUUUUGCUUGGGUUAUUCAAUGGACAAACUCUUAAUAACUCUUAUGAAGUGCUCUUAAGAAUCACCAAAGGUGUUGAGUAUGUCAAAUUGGUGAUGAAGAAUGGUCGGAUGCAGGGUGCUGUUCUUAUUGGUGAAACCGAUUUAGAGGAAAUGUGUGAAAACUUAAUUCUCAACCAGUUGGACCUUACGGAUUUCGGGGAGGAUCUUCUGAAUCCUGACAUUGAUAUAGAAGACUAUUUUGAUUAAAUUUACCAAAUCAAGUUUAUACUUGAAUUAAAAUGUAACAAAAACUUUAUACUGAUUGUAUAUUACUUUAUAAAAACAUUAAUUGGAUUAUAGAGUUAUUGUUGAAUGAUUUAGCCUUUUUAUUUAAACGUAUUAUCACUUGCUAAGUACUUUCAGAAUAUUUAACAGAUUCCUGGUUAAAUUUAGGUAUCUUCCCGUAAGUAUUAAACCCGUUCUAUUUUACUUUAAAUACUGAAAUACAAAAAUUCUAAUAAAUAUUUAUUUUUAAUGAUUGCUUGAAUAAAAUUAUAAAGUAUUUUGAAUUUUCUAAUGGACUAACAAUGAUGCAUCUGGCCAUCAGAGCAAGCUAAGUGACAAAUAAAAAACAUCUCAAGAUAGUAUAUAUCACAUAACAGGUAAAAAUUCUACAAGGUCUUAACAUGAAUACCCGAGAGCGAUUAUAAUUAUAAAUUCUCUUGGUUAUAACUUCUUAAAAAAUGUUUAAGUAUUUGGUUGCAGAUAUUGGAAUCUAACCAAUCAAAUUAGACAAGUUGGUUGCAGUACAUUUAAUUACAUGUUCAUUUAAUUUAACAUAAGUUAAUGGAUCAACUUUAGUAAGUUUUAAAUGCUUUACUUGUUAUUCUAGAAAUAAUUUAUAGAAGUACUUGUAUUUAUUCUGUAGGAACAUAUUGCACUUAAUUUUAUUCCUAUGUAGUUGUACAGGAUGAGUUGUAGUCACUUGGUACAAAUACAUUGUAACAGUAAUUAUACAUUUUAUUUAUUAAAUUCUCGUACAAAAUCACUUCUAACAAUGUAUAAUUUACUAACUCAGCAUAACCUCUAAACAGUAUUGUUGUAACAGACUGUAACUAGCGCUACAAUUAUAAUCAAAUUGAUAUUUAAUAACUAAUUAAACGAUUUAUGGCCCACCCAGUACGCGAUUGUCUAACCAUUUAUUGGCAGGAUAAAUAUUAAUAUACACAUUCAUGUUCACUUCUAGCAGCCUACCAUAUACCCUACAAUCUGUAUGUAAUAGGAUAAUAAAACCAAGCUUUUGUGGCAAAAUGGUUUUUGUACUUAUGAAACCAAUAAACUGGAUUUCAAUAAAGUA